AUGCUGCAAUCAGCGUCUGAUAACGCAAUUCAUCGCUCCCUUGUUCGACAGUUGCAGAAUUGCACGUCAUCUGAUGACGGUUGCACAAAUGAUUCUGCUUCCCUCGUGACGGGCUCCGAGGACGAGUCGUCGAGCACGACAUCUCUUAUUUUAAUCUUGUUGCUUGCAGUCAUAAUGGUGUUUUCAGGAUUGAGGGUGUUUUGCGUUGAUAUUCCACGUGACAGAAAAAAAGCCCGAGAAAAGGCGAGAUGUAGACAGGAUCUCAUCGAGAAUCGGCUAAUAAAGAAAAGAGUCAAAAGGCCACCGUUAGGAGAGAAGAACAAAGACGACCACGACGAGGAGAAAGGAUUUUGUGGAGUAGUUCCAUCCCCACGGAACUGCCGGCUCCAUAAAGUGGAUCUAAUUUUACCCAUGCCAAAAGAUGACGGCGGUGUCGAUCAUGAAGAGGAGUUGUUCUGCCCCAUCUGCUGGGCGGAAUAUGAAGAGAACGACGAAAUCUGUUAUUCGCAGAAUCCCCGAUGUACUCAUACGUUUCACUUUGAUUGCAUAAAGCCCUGGUUAAAGAAUCAUGACCGUUGUCCAAUAUGUCGAAGCAACUAUCUUCGUACAUUGAUAGAUGGGGGAGGUACCAAUUACCAAUCCUUGGACACACCAGCUCAUCGAGGCGGACAAGACCGAGCUCUUCGAUUUUGA